CUUACUCUAAUGCCACACACACACACUCCUUUGUUUUCUUCUAACUUCAACACACAAUACAAACACUAGUGCUCUUUUGUUUUCUUUCUAUAAAACAAGAAAAAAUGCAAACACUCACACUCAUGCUCUUGUUUAUUUCACCAUUGUUUCUUCCAUUCUCAACCGCGGCAAAAACACCGCAAGAUCUCCUCCGUUCAUCAUGUGCACAAGCAAGAUAUCCAACUCUUUGCGUCCAAACACUCACAAACCAAGUAACUUCCACCACAAAGCCAUUAGACCUAGCUCAAGCCGCCGUAAAAGCCAGUCUCACUCGCACACUCACUCUUUCCGUUUACCUCAAAAACACCCUAAAAUCACAGGUGAAACCGGCGGUGGAGUCCACCGCCAGCAACAGAAAACGAGUUGCCCUAAAUGAUUGUGUUGCUCAGAUUACUGACUCAGUUUCGGAGUUAAACCAGACGUUAAAUGAGCUAAAGCAUCUUCAUAUGGGAACUUUUGAGUGGCAAAUAAGUAACGCUCAAACAUGGGCUAGUACUGCUAUAACAAAUGGUAACUUAUGUGUUAAUGGUUUGAAUAGGAAAGGUGCUGAAGAGAAGGUGAAGAUGGAAGUGAAACGUAGGGUUAAGGAUGUUUCUAUGUUUACUAGUAAUGCUCUUUACUUUAUCAGUAAACUUGGUGAAAGUAGGAAUCCAAAACCUCACUCAAAUUCCAAGAACAGAGUGUAUCUUUGAUAUCAUGGUGAGAUUGUCAGAAUUACGGUGGUCCGUCAUGAUUUGUCAAAAGCCUUCUACAAAUUACGAUGGAUCGCUCUGAUUCUGAUAUACUCGAUCACCGUGAUAUUAUACACAGGCCGAUAUGUUUUAGAUUGUGUUGCUUGUAGUGUUGACUAUGUUGACAUAACUCAGUGCAUGUGGAAAUAUUUUAUAUUAAGCACUAUUAGAUGUAGAUCUGAAAUGUAAGUUUUUGUUUUGUUUAUGUUUUUGCUGUGUGCAAAAGACAAGAUGUAAAUCAAUGUUUUUGUAUGCUGUUU